AUGGGACUUUUAUGCUGUGAUAGGGAUGAAAGCUUUGAAGAUUUGGCUCGAAGAUUUAGUACAAAUUCUUUCGUCUCACCUUAUCUAAACUGGGAAUCCGACACACUGGACCUUCUGGCUCGCACUAGCACCAGAUUAAGGGUUACCAAAAUUAAGGUAUCUCCAGACGACCGUUACUUAGCUGUAGAAUAUUCAGUAGCAGAUGGGUUGCGUCAACUCAUUGGUAUUUGGAGUGGUGGUCUAUCUACAAAAAAUGGCAGUUUACUGGCUGGAUUGGCCCGCUCUUCCUCUCAGAGUCGCCUUAGAUUUGGCACGGAUGUUAAUGGAACUUCCUUGCUACUUCACUUUGUUCGAGGAGGAUCUGAAUUUCUCAUAGUUGAAUUAUCUUAUGGCAGUAACCUUGGAGGCAGUGAUGGUGAUAACGCAAGCUCCAGUACGCAAGUUGGGACUAAGCCUGAAGUAUCUAUUUCAGGAAGCCAUAGUCAACGCUGCGUCCCGUCAUUGCCUGAACCGAAUCGACGUAUCUACAACUUCCGUGCAUUCCGGCAGGCCAUUGAUGAUGCUUAUCUCAUCCGUGGGGGUCAUAUUUUGGCAGCUGUGUCAGGAAAAAUAGUAAGGGUAAGGUUGACAAGCCUUAUCGAUCAACAUAAAGGAAGUGAGACUCUGCGAUUCAUUGGAAGAGAAUUAAAUGGACCAGUCUUUAGUGCUGAAUUGGGUUUGAUAUACGCUAAUUCGGACAAUGACUUAUUGUCAUACUAUAAUAUUUACACCCAAUCCUUAUUUAGACUAAGUUUACCUCAACGCUGCAUAUCACAAAUAGGAGACUACGAGAAUAUUGCUAAACAUUUACUCCAAGGAGACCUCCAUGAGGAGUUUCCCAUAGAACGGCACCUCAGUCCUGACGGAAAACGAAUGGCUAUCGUCUACUCAUUCAGACAUAAUUGUCCUGGUAUGUUCGAUCUCGAAGACUCACCAAUUCCUGAGAAGAGUUUGGAGUGGAUGAUGCAAAAUAUCUAUCGGAAACCUUCCAUCCAGAGUAUCAAUUACUAUACUGGACUUGGGGGUCAGUGCGAAAACGGGACACACGCUCUUAAAGAUAGUUCAACUCUGGUCAUUACAAGACCACUAGCAGCUUACAAGCGCACGAUUGUACGCCUUUAUGAUCUAACUGGCAAGAUAGCAGGAGGUGGCUGCGAGAUGCUAUGUCAGAUAUCACUACAGGGCGAACAGAUAUUUGCUUUGACGGCCCACCAUGGUCUUCUAACUUUACGACCCAAUCACGUAAUUACCUCUUAUAGCUGUUACAAAGUUGAUGGUCCCUCUGGUCCAGAGAACUCUUCCGUAAAUAAAACGCUUUCAUUAGACUAUGACCGACGCACUACACUAUCAAGAUACUCACCAAUCGAUGGACACUUUCUGGGUUACGCUGAUUUUGAGCAUCCUGUGCUGCCCGGGGCCCGACUUAUUGGUCAAGAUGAGUACCGUUUAAUAGUCUGCUGUGGGGUCAAUGGAAGGUGGCUCCGAAUCAUGUUGGCGCCAUCAUUUAAGCAAAUUGAGUUCGAGUGUGAUGUGGAGUCCGUUUUACGCCGACAUGAUGAAUUAGCCAGGUCAGCGCGGGUCACAAGAAUCUUUCCCUGCGAGGCUGCAUGGAGUAAUGUGGUCGUGCAAUUCGCAUGGAUAGUAAGCAUUCUGGGUUGCUAA